UUGACCUUCUCAACGGAGCCUUUGGUUCUGCGACCGCCUGUUGGUACUGAGAUAUCGGGUCCCCCACCGAGGUCUGCUCGUUACCACCUGCUUCUACGUAUCCUCGGCAUCUUCAUACUACUAGCAGUGUCCGGCGCCUGCAUAGUUUCCUUAAUUUUCCUGUUGGGCCAUUCACUGCAGCGAUUUGAUGGUCAGUGCACUGUCUUUACAUAUGAUUCGGAUAUGGAAUUCAACGAACACUACACCCUUCAGCCGCGCGCUGCUGUCAUCAGUCGACCUGCUGUUGAUGAGUUUCCGCCUGUUCGCGUCUUUCAUAUGCUAGACGAUGCUGCAACUGUGAUGGAAACGAGGGCAGUCUGCUACGUCUAUCCGAUGCGCCCCGAGGUGGCUUCUGCAAUCCCAACUGACAACGGUCUCUUGGAACGCAUAAAAGAACAGUCUCAGCCCCAAAUAAAGGUGCGCUUGGCUCUGGCGCCCCAGAUGUGGAUGCUUUCACCGGUAACCGAACAACUGCCAGUCAUUAGCCAUCUGGUGGCCACAUCCAACUGUUCGCACUUGCCCAUCUUUCGUCUGAUACAGCUUGUACUGUCGACGCGCUCAAUGCCUCCAUCGAAAAUGAUAAAUUAUCCACUGAAUUGUCCUGAAGGCUGCACCGAGGGUGAAAGUCGGGAUACAAUUGACGGCGCCUCUCCUCGCCAGGUCUGCCGUUGUCCCCACGAAAAAUCGCCCGACUUUCUGGACACGUACAACUCCGACCGCAUGCCUGUAGACGGUGAAUCACUUUCCCUCGAGGAUGAUGAAGAUUUCUCUUCAAGAUCCACGGACUCCUGGGAUUUCGAGAACGCCGAGCCAGUCGUCCGUCGCCGUCGUCGUAACACUCGCGAAGCUGUACGGAACUUAACAUCUUACCGUGGCUGCGAAAUCGUCGACCAUCUCCUGGAUGCAGCACUGCCCAUGCGGGAUCUGAACAAGAUCGCUGAACUGAUUAUCUUAAAGUGUCCUCAAGUGGCAUCGUAA